AUGAUUCUUUUCUUUAUUCUCGCCGCAAUUACCCUCCUUCUCUUCUACAACUACUACUACAAACGCCGCAAUCUCCCGGCCGGCCCCGCUCCGCUCCCAUUCGUGGGGAAUGUCCUCGAACUCUCCAAAGAGGAGCGUUGGGAGAACAAGUUCAUCGAAUGGAGCCAGCAAUACGGCUCCAUUUACACGUACUGGCUGGGCGAGAUGCCGGUUGUGGCCGUGUGUGACUACCAGGACAUGGUCAAGUACUUUGUCAAGAAUUCCGAGGUCUUUUCGGAUCGGCUUGAGACCAGAAAUGUGAUGGAGGAAGUGAAGGGCUACACGCUGGGCGUGGUGGUGAACAGUGGCGAGGAUUGGAGGGAAUACCGCAGGUUCUCGUUGAAAGUUCUCAGAGAUUUUGGGCUGGGGAAGAAUCAGAUGGAAGAGAGAGUAAGAUAUUAUUUAUAAGGAUAAGUGCAACACUCAGAUUUCCGUGAAAUUUUGCACACACGCCAAGCAUAGCCCAGAUAUAAAUUCCUGAAAUUUUUAGCUCGCGCUUUUCAGGCGCAGCCGAGAUAUUGAAUGAUCUUUGCCGCCGAGAGAGUACGUGAAAUGCAGAGACCGGUCAGAGAGAAAACCGCUUUUUUCUUUGCCUGUUUUGUGCGGAAAAAUUGAUUUUUUGUGGAAACAUUGCCCUCUAUGGUAGAAAUAGACAAGAAACUUUCAAUGCCAAAAAAGGUAUGACAUUUGCCAACAAUUUCUCUGUUUCUUUUUGCAAAGCACGCGCUAAAAUUUUUAUAAAAUGAUUAAUGGCACAUCAGAUCAAUUUUUCAAAACGUUGAGCCAAUUUCACAAAUUUUUUUCAAUCCAAAAACCUUCUUGUAGAUCCUUGACGAGCUGUACUUGAUCCUCGAAAAAGUGAACAAUGAAUUGGACGCCGAAGAGAUUGACUUCUUCAAGUACUCGGACAUUGCGAUCGGCUCCAUCAUUAACAACAUUGUGGCCGGCUACCGCUUCACCGGCGGGCAUGAGCACGAGUUCGACCGGCUGAAGAACUUGGCCACCCAACUCAUGCAGGAUAUCAUGACGCCGACGGCUAAUCUGGCGUUGAACAACCCGUCCUUGAUGCAGGUCCCGGUCCUCAAUUGGAGGGCCAAGCGGGCCGUGGAGUGUAUGAGGGAGAUUUUGGUGUUCUUGGACCGGCAAAUUCAGAAACAUGUCGCCGAAAACGAUUACACGCAGGACCUGGAGCCCCAUGACUAUAUUGACGCGUAUUUGUUGGAACGCCAGAGGCAUAUUCAAAAGGUUGGUGGGGAGUUUUGACGAAAUAGAGGUCUUUCAACUACUAGUACAUGCCGUUCCAUAAAGUACAUAGACUUUUUUUUGUGCAUUUUGCUUCAUUUUUCACAGUGCCAAGGGCAUUGCGGCGAAGUCUGAGCGCUCGGCGUGGUCUAGAAAUGGCUUACGAGCUGGCCCGAAUGAGGAGUAUCACUUUGUCGGGAAAAUAAUGAGCACUCUGUCGCAUCGAAAAUCGCAUCGCCACCGAGGCAAAAAUUAAUUGUGUCGCGGCAAAAUCAAAUUGUUUUUCACUUCAGCGACGCGAUCGGCGCAGCCACAGAGUGCUCAUUAUUUUCCCGACAGACUGAUACUAUUCAAAUUUUUAGCCCCUUGUGAUAGAAUACUGACAGUAAUCCUUGUUCUAGGAAGGAACGGAGGGAAAGUACAACUUCCCGGAAUUGCGCAACAUCUGCAUGGACUUGUGGGUGGCGGGGCAAGAGACAACCUCCUCGACGCUGACCUGGAUCAUCGCUUAUUUGAUCAGAUAUCCGGAGGUUCAGGAGAAGAUGCAACAGGAGCUGGAUGCCGUGAUUGGAAGCACUCGGAUCAUACGGAAUGCAGACAGACCCGAUUUGCCCUACACCAAUGCUGUUAUUAUGGUGAGUUCAGGUCGUAGAGAGCCAGUUUACAGUGGAUAGAGGGAUUUGAGGCCAAGACUUGGUAAGUUAGUUUUGACCAAACUUAAUGGCCAAAUUCGGCCAAGGCUUGGUUUAAUCAGACCGGCCAACGGCGGGCCCAGACUUGCGGGCAACCACUUUGCGGGCAGCUUGAAAACCACGGAUAUUCUGCGGACAUGUUUUGAAAUCAGCCAAAACUUGCUUACAACUGGAAAUUCAAACGAUGAGCUUGACGAUUAGAUGUUGCGGUUUAAGUUUCCAGGUAUACAAGUGGCUUGAAUAGUCAUCAUAAGCUUAUCCAGGCAUUUUGAAAACAAACUCCCAUAACUUUGAAAGCAGUGGAUGAAUUUAAUAGAUUUGUGUACUUAUCAGUAUCAGAGAGUUGUCAAUGUAAAAUUCGUACUACGUAGAUUACGGGAUGGAAAUCGUACUUACAAUCAAAAAAUGUCGGCUGCCCGCAAAGUGGUUGCCCGCAAGUGUCGCGACGCCCGGCCAACUUUCACCCUCUUCAAAGUGGCGAUGCGAUCUUCGUUUGCACGAUAAUACCAUCAAAUUUCAGGAAAGUCAACGCCACUGCAACUUGGUCGCCCAAAACAUCCCCCGAUGCUUGUCGGAGGACGUCGAAAUUGACGGGCGUCACUUCCAAAAGGGCACAGUAAUCCUGCCACAAAUCUCGGUCCUCCUACAGAACCCGAAAAUCUUCCCAGAGCCACGGAAAUUCAAUCCCGACCGAUUUAUCGACCAAAACGGGAAGCUGAAGCAAGUGGAAGAGCUGAUUCCAUUCUCGCUGGGCAAGAGAAUCUGCUUGGGCGAGGGAAUGGCCCGAAUGGAGCUGUUCAUCUUCACCGCCAACCUGUUCAAUCAGUACAAGUUUUCGGCCGGGAAAGUCCCGCCAAGCCUGAAGAAAGUGAGCGGCGCUGCAACGAUGUGCGAGGAUUACAAGUGCAAAGUGUCUUUGCGUCGAUAG